CGUUUGUAACAGAGGCGACGAAAACGCGAUCUUCCCUCCACCUCCGAGAAAAUACACUGCUGCUUUCCCGCACACUUUCCCGCAAUCCGCCCGCGAGAAAACGCAGGAAAGUCUUUCGCCGGCUCGAGAAAAUGGAAGGCGGAGACCUCGAGGCCGCCGUCGCCGCGCAGCGCCGGGAGCUCGUCGCGUCCCGAGCCCUUGACUCCGACGCCGACUACGCCUUCCAACUCCAGAUGAUGGAAGCCGUCCGCGCUUCCCUCUCGCCUUCCCGCCCCUCGGCGUCGGGGUCCCCCCCGGCGGCCGCAGACGGCGCCUGGUUGGUCGGAGGCGACGGCGACGGCGACGGCGACGGCGACGGUCGGUCGCUGGCGACCGCUCUGAUGCUGGACGAGAUGGAGAGGUACGCGCAGGAGCACCAGGAUCGCGAGCACUGCGAGGCGGAGUUCCGGCGGAUGAGGCAGGACUUGGACCGUCGGGUUCACGACAUGAGGUUCGCCGCCGAGAUCGUCGGCAUCCCUGAGGAAGAGUGGCGAAACUACGGCGACGAGUAUCACAAGCCGUUCCAGGCCGGUUGCCUCUCCUCUGCUGCAUCGUCGUCGUCGUCGUCGUCCGCGAGUAGUGGCGAGUGUUUCAGGGUUCACGUCAAGGGUUUGGUGAGCGAGGAGUGGAUUAAGGACGAGAAGGUCGUGGUGGCCGGGCUUGGGGUGGCUGUGUGCGAUUUCAAGGACAACGUGAUCAUCGAGCUGAAGAAGCCUUUGAUCAACGACGUUUUGGUCAGCGACUUGGAAGCUGAGAUUGAGGCCUUAGUCCAAGGGCUUCAUGCUGCGGUUUGCCUGGAUUUGAAGAGGCUUAACGUAUUGAUCAGCGAUGUUAGGCUGUAUAACUACGUCAGAGGCAUCCAAUUGCCCAGACAAAGCAAGAUUGCUGCACCAUUGAAUGAGGUUACCAUGCUCCAAAAGAAGUUAACGCAGUUUGGUGCAACCCUGGUGGGGCCAAAUGAUAGUAAAUAUGCAUAUAAACUAGCAAGAGAUGCUAUUGUUUCUCAGAUCUCAUGGCCUGAGGAGACUAACCAUGGGAAGAGCUUGAAGGAAACUUGUGUUAUAUGUUUUGAAGAUAAAAGUGUCACUGAAAUGUUUUCAGUUGAGGAAUGUCUGCAUAGGUAUUGCUUUACUUGCAUGAAGAGGCAUGUGGAAGCAAAGUUGCUGGAUGGAGUGAUGAUUACAUGUCCUCAUGAUGGUUGUAACUCUGAGGUGAAGAUUGAUAGCUGUGGUGGGUUUCUGGAACCAAACGUUAUUUCAAUUAUGAGCCAACGGAUGAAAGAAGCAUCUGUUCCUGUGACAGAGAGAGUCUACUGUCCAAAUCCCAGGUGUUCCACUUUAAUGUCAAAACAAGAGGUUUUAGAAUAUUCCAGAAGUGCUUUUGUUGGAGCUGAACGUAGCAGAGCUAGAAAUUGCAUGAAAUGCCAAUUCUUCUUCUGUGUUGACUGCAAAGUCCCCUGGCAUUAUAACAUGACCUGCUAUGAGUACCAGAUGUCGAGUGCUACUGCGACUGCUGGAGAUGCACAGCUGAAGUCUCUCGCAAGGAAGAGACUGUGGCGUGAGUGUGUGAAGUGCAAAAAUCUGGUUGAACUGGCUGAAGGUUGCUAUCACAUCACGUGCAGAUGCGGACAUGAGUUCUGCUAUACCUGUGGAGCUGAGUGGAGGAAUAAGAAAGCAACAUGCUCCUGCCCAAUCUGGAAUGAGCGGAAUAUUAUUCGUGAUGGUCGCCGAAGGUACUGAUGCUACGUGAAAAAGAAUGUAUAGAAUCCAUAGAUCUUAGGUUUCUCUGACUGUCGAGGAAACAUUGGCAUGGGAAGAUCCAAAAUUGUGAAUAGGACAUGGGUAGAAGGCGUUAUACUUCACUGCUGAUAUGUUGAUGGGCUGAAUUGUAAAUUCUGAAAACUGAAAGUUGCCUUAGUUUUCAAUUUCUUAGCUACUUUCGCAAUCACAGGUACACUAGUAAAAGGUGAAUGGUAUGACAUACAGUUUUUGUUAGUACC